UAACGUUCCAUUGUUUAUCGUUCGAACAGUACUGCUUAGUAACAUUCGAUAGCUAGCCAGACUAAAUGUUCUAGCGUAGCUUGACAAUGGAUUGUUUUAAGAAGAGUAGAGGUGCAUCUAGGGAUGGUGAAUAUACACAAGUGCAUGUUAAGACAGAUGAAUUCAUGACAGUUGCCAACAUGAGGCAGGAGUUCCUUAGGAUGCGCAGUACCAACAGCCAUCUAAAGGAUUGCGUCCGUGUGUUGCAUCAGAAUAACGAGAAGAUGAGGCGAGAGGCUUUAGAUCAGCAGAUGAUGAUCAGUUCCCUGAAGAGCCUCCAUGACAAGACGGAGGAGGAAGCCAGAGAGGCGAAAAUGAAGGGUGAUGCUUGCAGUGUCGUGCAGGAAGUGAUGUCACAUGCGCUGGCCAAAAUAGUGGCAGAAAAAGAUCAGGAAGCAACCAUGAAGGAGAGCAUGUUGAGCCAGACCAAGGAGGAGCUGGCUUGCAGUAGAAGCGAGGCAGCCAAGUUCCGAGACGAGGUAGAGAAUUUGAGGGUCGGGAAGAAGGACCGCCCAACUUUAGCUUCCUUUAAGAAACUCUUUAAGUAACAGAAACGAUCCAAACAAACGGAAUUGAAUCAUGUUCCAUAUCUCUCUUCCGUAUUUUGACCACGUAUACCUCACCUCAGGGCCAUUAAUGCAAUCGGCAUACGUUUUCCACCUCCGUCUGUCUUCAGCCAAAGUUGCGAGUUGGUGGACCAUGUAUACGUAUGCGUAAAAUAUGUGUAUAGACUGUAUGUAGGGAUUUUAAAUGACGUAAACUGCAUAUCUGUUAUAUAGUUUGUCUUCCCUCAUGGCCUCAAUGAAAAGCGACCUGUAGGCCGAUUUGAGCUUCACAUGAAUAAACAAUGGAUCAAACAAGAACAGAUCAUACUGAUUAAAAUGCCCUAUGAUAUCUAAGUACUAGAUAGACAUAUUACAGCCUACCAUUGUAUAAGUAUAAGUUUUGUAUGAUUUCAAGCAGGAUUACAUUUAGUUACACAUCGGAACUAAAUAGAUAAAGCCAACGCUAGCUUUUGAAUUAGUCCCUUAAUUGGUAAAUUCAACCACUGUUCAUUAUCUGUACCUACAUAACCUGUAUGUUUCCUAUGUUUGUACCACAUGUAUACAUGAAAAUGUCUAGUAUACAAUCAAGA